AUGAGACCAAUUUUACAAUUGUGUAGCCGACUCCUGAGACCUUUGAACGUCAAUUGUUUUGCUCCGUCGAAAACCGGAAUUUUCAGCCGGUUGUAUGCAAACGAGUGCAAGAAUACCAACACCCGGAACGGCGUAGUGUUCGGCGUGUACCAGGAGGGUUGUGAGUACAAAUAUUCUGUAGACGCGCAGGCCUUCAACGACAGACUGAGUGGUGCGAUAAGUAAGCUGUUGGCCGUGUCGCCGAUACCGCCCGGCUCUGCGCAACUAUUUAACAACCUGGACAAGGAUUACCCAAACUUGGCGGUGGCCAAUAUCGGGUCACAAAAAGCCGGGUACGACAGCGUCGAGCUUUUGGACCUGGCCAAAUCGAAUGUCCGGCAGGCUAUCGGCCAGGCAGUGUUGCUGUUGGACAACGAAGGCUGUACAAAGAUAUUCGUCGACGGUCUAGACUGUCCGGACACCGCGGCAGAAGCGGCCUUGCUAGCCUCGUGGAAGUUCGAGGCCAUGAAGUCUGGUAUCAACCAGACGCAACAGGCGACGGUGGAGCCGUACAACAAGAACGACAAGGGUUUGUUUGAUCGGGGCGUCGUGUUCGGCAGCGUGCAAAACCUGGCCAGAAUGCUCACCGAGAUACCGCCCAACGCGCUGACGCCGACUUAUUUCGCCGAUCAAAUUAUACGGAUGUUGUGUCCUUGCGGUAUAACCGUGGACGUGCACGAUCGCGACUGGAUGGAAUCGAAGAACCUCAAUGGCAUUCUGGAGGCUUCCAAGGGGUCAUGCGAGGCGCCCCUGUUCGCCGUCAUCGGAUACUGCGGCGGCGAUAAGAAUCAAAAACCGCUGGCAUUAGUCGGCCACGCCACGACGUACGAUACUGGCGGCGUAUGUUUGCGCGGGUGUGACGACAUGGCGUACAAGAAGCGGCACGUCGCGUCCGGCGCCACGCUGAUUGGGCUGAUGAAGGGAAUCUCGUGCCUCAGUCUGCCCGUCAACGUGUACGCGUAUAUACCUUUGUUCGAGAGCGGCACGUCGGGUUCGGGCAUCAAGGCCACAGACGUGUACACCGCACUCAACGGUAAGUCAGUCAACGUGGACAACACCAAGUACAUCAGCCGGUUGGCCGUCGCGGAUACCAUAACGUACGCGACGCGCAAAGAGGCCGAGCCGCAGGCGCUCAUUAACGUCAGCACACUGUGCGGCGUCACGUCCAGACUGUUCGGCGAACUGGCCACGCCGUUAUUCACUAACAACGUGGGCAUGUGGAAAGAACUGGAACAGGCCGGUUCCAUCACCGGCGACCGCGUUUGGCCGAUGCCGUCUUACAAGCGCAAGGUGCAGAUGAUCACCCGUGACGAUAUUGCAGACGUGGCCGUGCUGGGCGAGGGCGGCGUUGACCUGGAUGACCUGGGCAAGAGCGCGGCAUUUGUCGCACAGUUUCUCACCGACCCUAAUAUAGAGUUUGCACACCUCGACAUUGGAGGUGUAUGUCGCAACAACGACGUGGUCACGUUUCCAUUCCUUCGACCAGAGUUCGCUACCGGCCGUCUAACCCGAACGCUACUGCAGAUGAUUUACCAGAUAGCAUGUCCACACAUACCGCCGCCACAUAAAUGA